GAGCCUGCACGAGACGCGCGGGCUACCUGCCUUGGCCCGCGGCGCCAGCGGGUGAGCUCCUGCCGUCCGCCCGGGGCGGAGCGCCCGCCCUCCCUCUGGCCGCGGCCAAUCAGCGCGCAGAGCCGGCUCGCUCGGGGCCGCCCGCGCGCGGGGUGUGUGAGGACGCGCUCCCAGUUGCGGAGUGCCUGAGCAGAGGAGCAGUUGCCGUGCUACCUGCAGUUGCCCGGGCGGACACAGAGCAUCGGACGCGGGCGCUGUGGCUUGGGGCAGGAAGGUGAAGCUAUGACGUCUGUCAGUGAAAAUAUCCUCUUUGGAAUGGGAAAUCCUCUGCUUGACAUCUCUGCUGUAGUGGACAAAGAUUUCCUUGAUAAAUAUUCUCUGAAACCAAAUGACCAAAUCUUGGCUGAAGAUAAGCACAAGGAACUGUUUGAUGAACUUGUAAAAAAAUUCAAAGUCGAAUAUCAUGCUGGUGGCUCUACCCAGAAUUCAAUUAAAGUUGCUCAGUGGAUGAUUCAGAAACCACAUAAAGCAGCAACAUUUUUUGGAUGCAUUGGGAUAGAUAAAUUUGGGGAGAUCCUGAAGAGAAAAGCUGCUGAAGCCCACGUGGAUGCCCAUUACUAUGAGCAGAGUGAGCAGCCAACAGGAACCUGUGCUGCGUGCAUCACUGGUGACAACAGGUCCCUUGUAGCUAAUCUUGCUGCUGCCAAUUGUUAUAAAAAGGAAAAACAUCUUGAUCUGGAUAAAAACUGGAUGUUGGUAGAAAAAGCAAGAGUUUGUUAUAUAGCUGGCUUUUUUCUUACCGUUUCCCCAGAGUCAGUAUUAAAAGUGGCUCGCCAUGCUUCUGAAAACAACAGGAUUUUCACUUUGAAUCUGUCUGCACCAUUUAUUAGCCAAUUCUACAAGGAACCAUUGAUGAAAGUUAUGCCUUAUGUUGACAUACUUUUUGGAAAUGAGACGGAAGCUGCCACUUUUGCUAGAGAGCAAGGCUUUGAGACUAAAGACAUUAAAGAGAUAGCCAAAAAGACGCAAGCCCUGCCAAAGGUGAACUCAAAGAGGCAGCGAAUUGUGAUCUUCACCCAAGGGAGAGAUGACACCAUAAUGGCUACAGAUACUGAAGUCACUGCUUUCGCUGUCUUGGAUCAAGACCAGAAAGAAAUUAUUGACACCAAUGGAGCUGGAGAUGCAUUUGUUGGAGGUUUUCUGUCUCAACUGGUCUCUGAAAAGCCUCUGACUGAAUGCAUCCGUGCUGGCCACUAUGCAGCAAGUGUCAUAAUUAGACGGACUGGCUGCACCUUUCCCGAGAAACCAGACUUCCACUGAUGCAACAGCAGAAAACCCAAGCCCGGGAGUACAGACACAGCCCCCUGAUUGCUUCCUGAGAAUUCCCAUAUUAAUAAAGAAGAAAAUUAGCUGCCAACUUUUCCUACUAUAAUAAUGUUCAGUCUUAAUCUAGAGGGUACAGUAAUGUUCAUAGAAUCUUUAUUAUCUCAGCAACCUAAAAAUGAUGUUUAUUUCCAUAGUUUGAUAGUGCCACUUAAAUGUCAAUUAAACGAGAAUAUAACAUUUCAAUAGAAA